UAAACCCCCAAAUCCCUAACCCCUCUUCCCCUUCCCAUUCUACCCCUCCCAAUCUCCCCGUCGUCGUCCCCUCUCCCCACCGUGCGCCCUUACCGGUCGGCUGCACUACUAGAAAACUAUUUAACACAGACGAAAAAGCAAAAGCCCCUUUUCUUUCUUCCUCCCGACAAAAACCCUAAAUUUCUAAAAAUCCCGCCUCUUUCUUUGUUUCACUUCACACCCGCAUGUUGUCGAUCCAAACACGACAAAUUGAAGCACAAAAGCUCGUCGCGCGAACCAACAUAGCUCUGUUUGAAAUUUCCAUUCGCAAGGCAACAGACCCAGAAAGAUUGCAGAAGAAAGGUUAUGAAACCUGCAUUUUCCAUGCCACUGGGACAGAAGGCAAGGCUAUGGAAUCAUUGGUUAGAGAGGCCUAUAUACAGGGAGUUUUGGACAUUACAACUACAGAGUUUGCCGAUUAUGUAGUUGGAGGUGUGAUGUAUUGUGACAGUUCUCGUUUUGAUGUUAUUGUAGAGAAGAAGAAUGGCAUUUUAUUUAACUCUAUCUUUGAGGAAUUGACUAUGGGAAUAACAUUAAAAUUGAAACCUGGUUCAAAAGUUGCCCUUGUCGGACCAAAUGGUGGUGGAAAAAAACUUUACAAAGAAGCUAGGGAAUAUUACAGCAACUCAGAGAUCAAAUAUCUAAAGACGCUUUCGUAUGGCAUAAAGGGGUUCUUUGGCUGGCCUAUUGUCCUUUGCUGAUGCAAAUGCAAUAGUCCUUGAGAUGGCAGAUGAAGUACUGCCAUGUCACCAUUUCUACAAUUUCUUUCUGACACAUAGCUCCAAAUAUUCAUAGGUGGUGAAGGCGGUACCAGUUAUUGCUGGAGUGAGUGGAACUGAUCCUCUUCACCCAAUGGAUUACUUUCUAAAGCAAUUGGAAUCAACUGGGUUCUUUGGAGUACAAAAUUUUCCAACCAUUGGAUUAUUUGAUGGUAACUUUAGACAAAAUCUAGAAGAGACCGGAAUGGGAUAUGGGUACACCACUAUACCUCAAAUGUUUCAUUUUGCUCAUUAUGCAGUUCCACUUUAGUUGCCUUGUAUGUAUUUUUUGUAUUUUCAUUUAAUAGAAUUCAUAAACAAUUUUGUAAAAUAUUUUACAUUCUUUUGUAAAUAAA